CAUGUAUUAGUAACACCGUCUGUAACCCAGUUGCCCAUUGACUGGUACACUGGCAGGCUGCUCUGUGUGACUCUGCUGUGUAAACACAGAAUCUGCUGCCCUGUUCUUUAUAUUUCUGCUCAUAAACCCUUCUGGUCCUCUCUUCUGUUUCAGGAUCUGCUCGAAAAAUUCCUCAUUGCAAAUGCAACUACGGCGGAGAGCAAGGUGUUCUACCUCAAAAUGAAAGGAGACUACUUCAGAUACCUGUCAGAGGUGGCCUCUGGGGACUCAAAGAAGAACACGGUGGACAGCUCUCAGGAGGCCUACCAGAACGCCUUCGACAUCAGCAAGAAGGACAUGCAGCCCACACACCCCAUCCGGCUGGGCCUGGCCCUCAACUUCUCCGUGUUCUACUACGAAAUCCUCAACUCGCCCGAGCAGGCCUGCGCUCUGGCCAAGCAGGUGGGUGCUCCUCAGACCCCUGGCUUUAAUGUUUGUGGUACUGAAGGUGGGGGGGGCCUUCCUGCACAGCUAGCAUUAACAGGGUGUCCGUGGGGUCUUAAAAAG